GCUGGGCUGAGGGGGCAGCCACGAGCGUGUCAGGUGGGCUCGGGGUGGCCGGGCGGCGCUCGCUGCCGAGUUUUCUGCCGAGGAGAACCACGCGCCGCGCCUUUGUACCCACGAGAAGUGUCUCCUGAGGCACGGGAAGAGCCAGGAUGGCCUGGGCGCUGAAGCUGCCCCUGGCGGAUGAAGUGAUCGAAUCCGGACUGGUGCAGGACUUUGAUGCCAGCCUGUCCGGGAUCGGCCAGGAAUUGGGCGCUGGAGCCUACAGCAUGAGUGAUGUCCUCGCAUUGCCCAUUUUUAAACAAGAAGAGUCAAGUUUGCCUCCUGAUAAUGAGAAUAAAAUCCUGCCUUUUCAGUACGUGCUCUGUGCUGCCACCUCUCCUGCGGUGAAGCUCCAUGAUGAAACCCUGACGUAUCUCAAUCAAGGACAGUCUUAUGAAAUCCGAAUGCUAGACAAUAGGAAACUUGGAGAACUUCCAGAAAUUAAUGGCAAAUUGGUUAAGAGCAUAUUCCGUGUCGUGUUCCAUGACAGAAGGCUGCAGUACACCGAGCACCAGCAGCUGGAGGGCUGGCGGUGGAACCGACCUGGAGACAGAAUUCUCGACAUAGAUAUCCCAAUGUCUGUGGGGAUAAUCGAUCCUAGGGCCAAUCCCAACCAGCUAAAUACAGUCGAAUUCCUGUGGGAUCCUGCAAAGAGGACGUCCGUGUUUAUUCAGGUGCACUGCAUCAGCACGGAGUUCACCAUGCGGAAACACGGCGGGGAAAAGGGCGUGCCCUUCCGCGUCCAGAUCGACACCUUCAAGGAGAACGAGAACGGGGAGUACACGGAGCACUUGCACUCAGCCAGCUGCCAGAUCAAAGUCUUCAAGCCCAAAGGAGCAGACAGAAAGCAAAAAACAGAUAGAGAAAAAAUGGAGAAACGGACACCCCAUGAGAAGGAGAAAUACCAGCCUUCCUACGAGACCACCAUCCUCACGGAGUGUUCUCCGUGGCCCGAGAUCACGUACGUCAAUAACUCCCCGUCCCCUGGCUUCAACAGCUCCCACAGCAGCUUUUCUCUUGGGGAAGGAAAUGGUUCCCCAAACCACCAGCCAGAACCACCGCCCCCAGUGACAGAUAACCUCUUGCCAACAACCACACCUCAGGAAGCUCAGCAGUGGUUGCAUCGAAAUCGUUUUUCUACAUUCUCCAGGCUUUUCACAAACUUCUCAGGGGCAGAUUUACUGAAACUAACUAGAGAUGAUGUGAUUCAAAUUUGUGGCCCUGCAGAUGGAAUCAGACUUUUUAAUGCAUUAAAAGGCCGGAUGGUACGUCCAAGGUUAACCAUCUAUGUGUGUCAGGAGUCGCUGCAGUUGAGGGAGCAGCAGCAACAGCAGCAGAAGCACGAGGAUGCAGACUCCAACGGCACCUUCUUCGUGUAUCAUGCCAUCUACCUGGAAGAACUGACAGCUGUUGAAUUGACAGAGAAAAUUGCUCAACUUUUCAGCAUUUCCCCACGCCAGAUCAGCCAGAUUUACAAGCAGGGGCCGACAGGAAUCCACGUGCUCAUCAGUGACGAGAUGAUACAGAACUUUCAGGAAGAAGCCUGUUUUAUCCUGGACACAAUGAAAGCAGAAACCAGUGAUAGCUAUCACAUCAUACUGAAGUAGGGGCCGUUCUCUGCCCAGUGACUGCUGCUCUCUUCACCUCCUGAGAACUGCCCUCUGAGAGAUGGGUGUGAGCGGAACUCUGCAGGAAGCUCACCCACCUGUGUAUGGAAGCCUCGUGCCACCGAGGCAGCGCCCUUGCCCUCGGUGUGGGCCGAGCCUUUGUGGUACACACACAUCACUGCCCAGCAGACUGCUGCUGCUCCCAGUUACGGUUUCUGGACCUGUGGUUGAGUGUCAGUAGAAACUCCACAUCAUUUCAGGUGUAUGUAGGACAUCAUGCCGAUGAGGGAACGAUGUUACACGUUGUGAUUGAAGCCAUGCAGUUUUUACCCAAUAUCAACAUGACCACCUGUGUUGCUAAGAGUAGCCCUAAGUCUCCUCUGCCUCGAACAAACUAGCAUCUCUGUUUUCUGGCCACAGUUGGGCUUUGAGAACUUCAUCAAUGAUGAGCAAAAACAGAUCAUUUUUCUUUCGAUUUCCCUUUAGUAUUAUAACUAAUACUAAUUUUAGCUAAGAGCCAGAAAGUGAAAUUGUUUAAAUGGGUUGUCUUGGUUAGUCCUUUCCGUAAGCCCCUAUGUAUACUGUCCCCUUACGUAACUGAAGGUGAGGCGAUGGAGAUACAUAGUGGCCUCGCAGCAUGCUGUAGCACAGGCAGCUGCCAGGGAGUGAUGCUGAAAUCCACACCCAGGCUGACUGGCCUUGUCACCAUCCAGCGCCAACAAGGCCACCCUUCAUGGCUGUGCUCACCGAGGCUUCCUCCUGUGCCUCUUCCGAAGAAUACGAGGCAACACGGCACGGGAAGUGCGCGGUUAGCCGCCGGAGACAGAGCACGCCUGAGCUGGCCGCGCACAUCGCCAGGUGCAGCAUCGUGAAGACGCGGAUGCUUUUUAAGUGUCCUCUCUUGCCACAAUCAUGGAUUUGGAGGGGUGGAAAAUUUGGGAUUAUGUGUAAAGCCCAAAUUCACUCUUCUUGAAUGAUAGUCUCAAAACGAUGUAUUAUUGAAUCAGGCUAAUCCCUUGGUUUUUUUUUUUUUUCCUCUCCUCAGAAUCCUCUCUUGGCUUAGGAUGCUCUUUCAUUCCUGUAGUGUUGUUUUAUUUAAGCGUUAUAACAUUUAUCACCAUGCCAUUCGCAUUCUCACCAUGGGCUUUUGUUCUUCCCUAGAAUGAUUGUAUGUGCGCUGUGUAGGUGUGUGUGUGUGUGUAUAACUGUGUAGCCAGGAAUCUUCUGUUUU